CAAACCCGUUUCACAGCUCUGUGCUCCUCAGAAGCUAACGUUAGCUAGCAAGCUGUCAAGCUGUCUAGUGGAGAGGCUGGGACAGACGUUUCAGCUUCCCCCUGGCUUGGCGACGCAAAGCUCCGGCCCACAAAAUCCCAAGAAAAUCUGACAGAAGAGAUUUUAGGUCGCCAGCUGAGAUAAUGUAAUACAUCACGGGCGUACGCAAAGAGGGACCUCCGCACUUACACCAUUUAUAUGCACUGAGUCUUGAGUGACGAUUGCUCGUUGCUAGCUAACUGGCUAGCUAGCCUAGCUAAACCGCCGCAAACCCCCUAGUUUCGUCGGUGUACCCUCUCUGGUGUGAACUGAGGCCAGUCAGUCAUUGUCACUGUCGCAGCUUCCGUUGCUGUCAACCGGAAUUUUGGAUAUUUGGUCAUACAAGGGACACAAUGGGUGCAUUUCUGGACAAACCAAAGAUGGAAAAAUACAAUUCCCAUGGUGAGGGCAACGAACUGAGGUAUGGGCUGAGUAGCAUGCAAGGUUGGCGGGUGGAGAUGGAAGAUGCACACACAGCAGUAAUUGGUCUGCCCCAUGGUCUCGACCGCUGGUCGUUCUUUGCUGUUUAUGAUGGGCAUGCUGGCUCUCAGGUGGCCAAGUACUGCUGUGAGCACCUGCUGGAGCACAUCACCAGCAACCCAGACUUCCAGAGUGCUCUGCAGGAUGACCCCUCUGUGGAGAACGUGAAGACUGGGAUCCGCACAGGGUUCCUGCAGAUUGAUGAACACAUGCGAACCAUCUCAGAGAAGAAGCAUGGUGUAGACCGCAGUGGUUCCACUGCAGUGGGAGUGAUGAUUGCUCCGAACCAUAUCUACUUUAUCAACUGUGGGGACUCACGGGGACUCCUCAGCCGGGGCGGAGCUGUGCACUUCUUCACACAGGAUCACAAACCCAGCAACCCUUUGGAGAAGGAAAGGAUCCAGAAUGCCGGUGGCUCAGUCAUGAUCCAGCGAGUUAAUGGGUCCCUAGCUGUGUCUCGGGCUUUGGGAGACUUCGACUACAAGUGUGUGCAUGGAAAAGGCCCUACAGAGCAGCUUGUGUCUCCUGAGCCUGAAGUUUAUGCAAUAGAGAGAUGUGAGGGAGAAGAUGAAUUCAUUAUACUAGCUUGUGAUGGCAUCUGGGAUGUCAUGGCCAAUGAGGAACUGUGUGACUUUGUCAGGUCGAGGCUAGAGGUGACAGAUGAUCUUGAAAGAGUCAGCAAUGAAAUUGUUGACACCUGCUUGUACAAGGGGAGCCGGGAUAAUAUGAGCGUUGUGUUAAUCUGCUUUCCUGGGGCACCAAAGGUAUCUCCAGAGGCAGUGAAACGGGAGGCAGAGCUGGAUAAAUACCUGGAGGGCAGAGUAGAAGAGAUCAUCAAAAAGCAGGGGGAUGAAGGUGUCCCGGAUUUGGUCCAUGUUAUGCGGACGUUAGCAUCUGAGAGCAUCCCUAACCUCCCCCCUGGAGGAGAGCUGGCAAGCAAACGAAGUGUUAUUGAAGCAGUGUACAACAAACUCAACCCCUACCGAAGUGAUGACACAGACCCAGCCAUCCUCCUCUUCCGUGGUUUCAGCUAAAACAAGACCUAAUCUGAGGAUGUCAAGCAAGCGUUUGUUGCCACACAUUUGUCCAUCACCAUAAUGAAGUAUCAACCCUCACAUCAUCAUUUAUUUAAUGUAGUACACAUCAGAUAUACCCAAUUUAACAUCUGAUCUCCAUGUAGUUUGGCCCAUUUUAAGAUGAACUUAUCCACACCUGUCCUGGCCUAACAUCAUUCCAAACAGUGCCAAGAAAAAGAAUAUAUACCUUUCUCCUGUAGCUCUCCUCUCUCUGUCCUAGGCCUCUCCCGCCAGAAGACAACAGGCAUAUAUGCACAUGCUUCAAACAGUAACCCAGUCCUUCCCAUACAUACAUGUAUUUAAUCUUACUUCAUUGUGCAGUUGCACACAGCUCAUUCUCUCAGCCCCUCUUUGACCCACUCUCUCUGUUCAUUAGACCACAAAUGAGACAAGAAUUAGCUAGCUAGCCACCCCAGGGUCCAUCCACCUCGGCACCGCUGUGGACUGCUUCUCGGGAGAAAAGCAGGCACUAGCCCAGGAGAUGAAACUUCAAUCAGUAGGUGUAGCAGCUCUCCUCCAGUGAGGUGGUCUGUAGUGGCGAGGAAUGAGGCGGAGGACACACUGUGAUUCAAGGCUUUUGCUAACAUUAGCUACAUAAAUAUGAACCUGAAGCCGCAGCCCUAAGCCUUUGGCUCCAGUUAGCAGAUGACGAAACUGUUAACAUGUUUCUGUCAUCUCUGAAACACUUAAGAGAUAUUGAUGUUCAUGUUUUUUUCGUUUAGUGUCAAACUCUCCUUUAGACUCUUUUUCGAUAAGUAGUAACCGUCUCUACAGGAUCCUCCACCACUGAAUCAGGCUUUCAUCUGAAGGGAAACCCAGUCUCACUCUGAAGUCGUUGAAAACCCGUUCUUGGGAAGUGACUUCUCUCGUCAGACAAUGACAAAAAAAAGCCGUCCUUUCACGUCAGCAUGAUAUGCAGUUGGUCACUAUUAUUGUUUAGCAGCACCCGGUGGCAUGAGGGGGAAAUGCAGCGGGACAACAACAAAAGUUAAGGGGGCAAAAAGUCUGUGGGUGGGAGGGGUGGUGGAUGGGUCCACCAUCCACUGACUUUCACUGGGGAGACUGGCAUUUGCUGCCGGUUAGACUGUUAAAGGAAAUGACCACUUUAGGAUGAAAAUACAGACAGUACUCACCCUCAUGCCGACAAGGUCAAUUAGCCUGCAACUCACGAGAUUCGAGAACAAGAACGUCUCGAGUUGCCAUGUAAACACAGCACGCCUGCAGGCUAACUGACCAUGGUGAGAAAUGAUGCUGUAAAAGUGGAGUAAAUUACGGCUUUUCAAGUCAAUUUUGCAUGCCGCACCUUCAGGGCAUUCAGAGUUUUAUUACAUUUUCAAAAUGAUUUUGGACGUGGGUUCCAUGCACUUCAAGUGUAUGGAAAAAUCCUGCUAGCUGUUAUCCUCCGAUACCCCAAACGAGUUUUGUGGACUAAAAACUACACUGGACUUCUUGUCGGCAUGAGGGUGAGUUAGUACUGUCUGUAUUUUCAUUCUAAAGUCGUCAUUUCCUUUAAGACAAACCCGGCUCUUUUUUUUCCUAAACCAUACCACGUGCUUUUGUUGCCUAAACCCAACCGCGUGCGUGUUGGCAGAAAGUAACCACGUGCAUUUGUUGUCAAAUGAAAAAAAACAUCAAUUCAUGGUGUUGUACCAAUGUAGUGCAAUUAUUUUGAAAGAGACUUUAUGCAAACUGUUUAUUUUGUUUAUUUUGAAAACAGACAAUGCAUAGAAGUUGACACAAGAACAUCGAUAUAUGGUGAGGUUGGAGUGAGAAUGUGUUGUGAAGAGACUGCAUCUGCAUUGAACAGUCAGUGGGAACGCGCUCUCUCUCUGGAAAUUACCUGUGAUUGGCAGAAAUUUCACAUCAUGGGCUAGAUUUUUUUAAAGCCUGAAAACAGUCAAAAGGAGGUGCAGAAGUCUAGUUUUCUCCCAGACUACUUGAAUUACAAAAUGCUCAAAGUCAGAAAGGGAUUUUUACCCUGUGAUGCUGAAAUUGAACUGCCUACCUGAGUUUUAAAUUCUAGAUAUAGGACUUUACCUAUUCCUCGUGUAGCUUAGUUUAUCACUGAGAAAGGUUUGGGAUUGUGUGGUUAUUAAGAUGCACUGACUUCACAUAGUUUAUUCCUCCCGUAGGCUGCUUGCUAAGUAUGAAGAGAUUGUCAUUUGUUUCUCCAGUCUCCAAAAAGAAGCAUGUCGGCUCAGCCAACCUACCCUGUAUGAAUGAAGGUUAGAUAGCAUAUUUGUCAUCACACUACCCGCUGGUAUGUUUCCUGCACAGCAGACAUUAGAGGUAAUAAAUAUUGUAUUAUUAGAUGUGGUAUAAAGAUCAGAGAGGACAGAGCAGAGGCCUACGGCUCAGGUACAAACCUGUGAAAUUCAUCACAACUAAAAGGAAAUUAUUUAAGACAGCAUCAUCAUGGCAGGCUAGAAUUAGAGAAACAACAGCUACAGUGGAAGCUUUGCCCAUUAAGACAGUUGUUUUAUUCCAUAUUCUGAAUUAAUGUUGCCCUGUUGCAAGAACAUUUUAAUUACACUAACAAAUUUUUGUGAAGCAUUUAUCAUACUGCAAAUAAUCCACAAUAGAUGUAAUACAUUUAAAUCCCCAAAUAAUUUCAGUGCAAGGAGGCGCACAGGUGUUUUUCAUUGUGUAACCUUGAAGAUCUUCCAUUUUAUUCUAUCAUGUCUCCAAGAAAAAAAAACUCACUUUGUCAAAGGUACCUCACCAGUUGAGCUCUUAAAAUAACUCUAUAAGAAACCCAUCUGGUUCAGCUUUUGCUGCCAAAGGCUUUAUUUCUUACACACAAGUUUUCUUUUUUUCUGAUCAGAUUGUGUAAAUUUUCAUGCCUUUACAUCACACACCAAAAGCAGCAAAUCCCAUUGAAGAAACCAAACCAGUAAAUGCAGUUGUAACUAAUAUUUUGUGUGACUCUCCACAGCUGCAGCCUCAGCCCAGUCACCAGGAGCAAAUGUUGGCAUUGUACAUUUCUGCAAAUCAAGAAUGUGUUGCAUUUCAUUUGUAUCAUAUCAAUAUGGCAUGUCACCUAGGUGAGACAUCUGCCAAGCUGCAGACCCCUGUUUGAGACCAACAAGCAACAAAACUGGUUGUUUUUUAGCAAGUCACCGUGUCUCAAUCGUGGAGGCUAAAAAAGCUGCUGACAUCGAGACAAUGAGAGACAUUGCUGCUUUUCCUACCAGGAUUGUGCCCCCAAAACAGGGUAUUUUAAGCCCAAGCAUGAUGAUUCUGAACCAUAACUGAGUGCUUUUGUGCCUUAACCUGACCACACUUUAAUCACAGCAUUGUCAAACAUUAAGUUUGAACAUAUCCACUUGUUUGGAGAAACAUAAGCCCCUUUUCCAGCAAACACCUUGGGUAUGGUACCUUUGGAACCAAAAGAUAUCCUUCAGACAUGGUACCUAGACCCUAGCGUUUCCACCACAAACAGAGCUCUUUCAUGUGGGCAGGGUUGUUGUCACUCACUGCUCUGUCCAGCACUCAUCUUAAUUCCUCAUUAUCGGUGACAUAGUGGGAAGUCUGCACCUUGUUUAUCGUCCACAGAACGAGGCUGCGUGCUCACAUUUUCAGAACAAAAAAGAACAGGCUGCAGUGAGAGUCUGUCUCCAUGGGAUAUUUAGAAAUAGCGUGUUUGUGCAUUUAGUCCUUCUCAGGCAAGCUCAGGUGAUAAGUGUUGCCGCAGCAGAUGCUACACAACCCUUUUCUUUUCUCCGAGUGAGGAUUAGAAUAUAUGCAGUUUACAUAACCCACCCAAAAUUAAUACAUAUAAACAUCUGAAGAUCCACUAAAAGUGUAUGUCAUUUAAAAACUAAAGUAAUGGUCUAAGUUGUCAUAUGGAAUAUUUAAGGUGUGUCAGCCCAGUGAAUUAAGUUAUUGUUUUACUCCGACAACAGCUGCUACUAGAGGCAGCAAAAUAUCUUUUAUUUUUAUAGUUACAGUCUACUAAACUCUAAACUACAUGAGCUUCAAAACCUGCCGUCACUCCGCCCUGAGCAAAGUGACCAACAAACGACUGCAGUGUUCACAGCUCUACCUUUUAGUACCAGAUCUGUGUGCUAGGUACCCCAACAGUGGGGGGACCAAAAAUGGGGAUGGUAUGGAACAGUUCCACUGGUACCUUCCACAACUUUUUACAGUGUAAACGGAAAAAAAGCGUACCGAACUAAACUGUACCAUACCAUACUGCGCAGUGGAAACGGGGCUAUACAAUGCCAACGCUUUUUUGGGUGAUUGAGCUGGCAGCAAUAAGUGUUGCAGUUGUGUUUGUCACUGGGCCACUGUUGAUUAAGCAUUAAUUUUCCUCUUGUACCCCUCUUCCACCAAUGUUGAACUGAUUCUGUUCUGGUUCCUGCACCUCAUUUUGAACCAUUAAGACCAUUUUGACCAUAAAUAAAUUGGUUCAGAACCAACUGGAACCAAAAAGUGGCCGGUUUUUCUUGACCUGAAGUGCUAACAUUGAUGACAUCAGUGGGCGUGUCACAUUCUCUACAGGUUGGAAUGAGAGGAUGGAGAAGGCAACAAUGGACAAGUCAAGUGAGAAAUCGUCGGACAAAAAGAGCAUGCAGUGGUCUCGUUAAUAGCUGGUCAAUGCUUGUUUUCUGGGUACAAACAAAUAUCUGUAAUAACAGAGCAAAAGUUUGCAGGUAAACAGUGUAAUCCGUGAUUUUGCUACUACUCCCUACUUCUAUUGUGCACUGUGCAACAACUUCCCUUGAUGAUGCAUCCUUUGAUUACAAUGGUUCCUCAAUACUGGUGGAAACACGGGCCGGUUCGCUAGAUGGCACCAAGGUCUCAAGAAUCCUGAACAGAACCGGUUCAAGAACCAGAGCUAAUUUGGUGGAAAAGGGAUAUAAGUGACUGUGUGUAUGAUCUCCAUGUGUAUGAAUUGUUGAGGCUAUUUUAAAACUGUUUCAGAUCACUUUAUAUGUUAAUGGGAGUCAAGCAAAGCUUUGAGCUUACGCUUCUUCCAUUCAUGCUGCCAGUAUGUUCAACUCAAGAGGAGUCAAGUGGAUUGUGUGCUUCUCACUUUUUCCUGGUCCAUCACACAACUCUUAAGUGCUUUGUGAUUUACUGACCUCACCUCAAGACUCUUAUUUUAACGGUCUGUGUUAUAGAAUGGUGCUGAGCGUUAAGCUGCUGGUUAUAAGACUGAAUUGCCCAAACGAAUAGGUAUUUUUUAUUCCUGCUGUAUGACCAUAGAUUAUCACACAGCCUGAAGAUCAGCUGAAUACUUUACCCACAAUAUGACGAUUUAUAUCUCAAAUACUCGCCUUGUGUUACUUUAUAUCCGCAUUUCUCCACUCUAAACAAAGAAUCCAAAAAAGGAAAACGCGCUCCAUUAAUUGCAUUGAAAGCAAAAAAAAACUGCAGAAAUCAUAUCAAAAACUUCAUUUACAAACUCUCAACUCAACUCGUGCUAUAUAAUGGAAGACUCAUUUAUCCAGUUGUAUGCUCAGUACCUCCCAAACACAUGCAUUUUUACAAAAACCUUGUGAUUUAAAACACAACUCAUAGGUGAAAGUAUUUAAAAUAGGUUUUAGCAAAAAUGCAUGUAUUUGAGAAGCACUGAGCAUUUGACUGGAUAAAUGAGAUUUGAGCCCUGUUUGCAUGGGACCAAUAUUACCUGGGGACCUCAUGUGAUUUAGAAAUUAUACCUCUACGUCUGUGUUUUGUGGGGCGCGUUUGCACGGUAUAAGUGAAGUCUGUAUUUUACCCAAAUAUACUGACAUUAUCCCCCUGAUAUGACGCACGCUGUCAUUUGUAACUCCACUCUAGAAACACAACACAGCACCACAAGCAGUGUUAACCUCCUUUUUUCUUUUAAAUACGGUUAAACAAACAGAACUGAUUCUGCCACAAAUAUUAUCCAUCUCAUCAACCUUGGAGAUUUCGCUCUCAUGAUGGAUUUGAGCUUGCUUCUUCUACGAAUGAACCUCCUGCUAGGAAAAUGCUGUCAAAACUUUUAUUUAUAAUUGCAAAGACAGCCUGUGUAAUUGUCGACCAGGAGAGGCAGAAACGAGGCGCGGAGAACACAAAAACCUUAAUACAACUCCAAAUCACUGAGAUGCCAUUGCAUACAGGACUAAUACCGUUACAUGACCUCUGUGACCACUGCACAAGUUGUGUCACAGUUUGUAAUAUGAUGCUUUGAUACAGUUUUGCUGUUGUUAAACGUGGUCCCCAGAGACCUAAAUUAAUUGAGAAUGUUUGCUUUUUUUGGAUUCUCUGUUCACCAUGGAGGCAUGUGAGAAGAACAAGGUUUUCUUCAUGAAUUCAACAUUAACAUUCAGUCAUUUAUAUACAAAUGGGCAUUAUGCCGUUGACGUAUUAAGUCCAAAAGUUACCACUGAACUGUACUGUACUGUAUAUCUGCAGGCCAUGUUUGUGUCCUGAGGGAUUCAUGGGAACAUCUCCAGCAUCUUGAGUGACAUGGCUCUUUGUGACAUUUGUGUCCACCAAUAAAACCUUG